GUAAGCAAGUUCAAUUGAACAAAUUAAACAGAUGUUUAUAAUUGAAGCAUUUGAUGAGGUUUCUCCAACUAAUUGUAAUUUUGUGAAUUAAAAGAAAUAUAAAAUGGAUACGGAAGAGCAGGAGCAACCCGCAGAGAUAACCCUCACUACCUGUCCAGGAACUACGCCGUGCACACCGUUGAGCAAAAACCAAUUGAAGAAGCAACGGAAGCUCGCCGAAAUGGUGGAAAUGCGCAAGUUGCGUCGGCAGAAGGAACGUGAAAAGAGAAAGGAGAAGAAGGCACAGGCCAAGGCGCUAGGAUUACCAUCAAGUGUGGGGCCUUCCCGCAAGGAGUUGAAACGUCGCCAGGUGACUGUGAGCAGUCAGAACGCUGAAGACUCCGUCAACGUGGCCAUUGACCUGAACUACGAUGAUCUGAUGCAGGAGCGAGAUAUUGCCAAGUGUGUGAAGCAGUGCCUUCGUAUCUACACAAUUAAUCGACGAUCCGAGCAGCCGUUGCACCUGCACUUUACGGGUAUUAAGCGCGAUGGUCACAUACACGAGAGUUUUAAGAAGAACGACGGCUGGGAGAACUGGAAUGUCCAGUAUCAUUUCGAUCGCACGCACACGGAAAUAUUCCAAAAACAAAAGGUGACUUACCUAACCUGCGAAUCGGAUACGGUGUUGGAGAAGCCGCAACCCGGACACACCUAUGUUAUUGGCGGACUAGUUGAUCACAACCACUUCAAAGGUCUGUGUCAUCAGCGUGCCACAACCGACGGACUCUCGACGGCACGUCUUCCGCUCAGCGAGCACGUGGAUAUGAAGACACGUUCCGUAUUGAGCACUUUUCAUGUGUUUGAACUGUUGACACGCGUGGCAGCUGGCCAAGACUGGACAGAAGCCAUUCUCGAAACUAUUCCUCAAAGAAAAGGGGCCAAAGCCAAGGACAGUAAAGAAACGAAAACAUUAAAGGAGCAACCAGAGUCAAGUGAGGAGCAAGAGCAACAGGGGGACAAUGUAAAAGAUCAAGCAAUGCCAGAAAGUUGACCCCAUCAGAAACAACUGUUGUUUUUUUAUUAUUGUUACAAAGUUGAUUUAACAGAUGAAAUAAAAUUCAGUUGAAAACUCAUUUGAUUUUGUGUACUGAUUCAAUUAGCGAUUAGUUCAAUUGAACUGAAUCCAAACCGUUUGCUACAACCCUAUGCGACACAACGCUAGCACAGAAUGUUUUCUCUUUUGCGUUCCCAGUUUCGUUGUGAUGUUUUGAAGAGGAUUGAGCGCACAAUGGCAUUUUACGCAGUUGCAAAA